CACUCGUCUUGCUUCGUUGCCAUGGAGUCUCUCGGUUUCUAAAAAAUUUCUCCAUUGAAACCCUAACCCUAAUUGCUUCUCGUGGAUCCCAGCUCCGAUGGCGUCCAUCGCGUCCCUGUCCUUUGCCCCGUUGCCUCACGCUUCGGAGCGGAGAGUUUGGGUCUUCGCUUCCCCAUCUUACGUCUUCCCCGCCUUCUCUGGCGUUCGGCUCAGGGCCCCCAGUUUGAGCUCUCGGAUUUCUGUUCGAUGCGCUGCUGCUCCUUCUGAAACUCAUGUGCCUCCGACCGUUUCGGAGACCAAGCUGCAUUUCCUCAAGACAUAUAAGCGGCCAAUUCCAAGCGUUUACAACACUGUUUUGCAAGAGCUCCUUGUUCAGCAACAUCUGAUGAGGUACAAGAAAACAUAUCAAUAUGAUGCGGUCUUUGCUCUUGGUUUUGUCACCGUUUAUGAGCAGUUAAUGGAAGGGUAUCCAAGCAAUGAGGAUCGAGAAGCUAUUUUCAGAGCCUAUAUUGAGGCAUUAAAAGAGGAUCCAGAACAAUACAGAAAAGAUGCACUAAAAAUGGAAGAGUGGGCAUGCGCUCAAACUAGUGCUACAUUAGUUGACUUCAGCUCGAGGGAAGGAGAAGUUGAGAGCAUCUUGAAGAAUAUUGCUGAACGAGCUGUGGGUAAGGGGAGCUUCAGCUAUAGCCGAUUCUUUGCAAUUGGGUUAUUUCGUCUGCUUGAGCUUGCAAAUGCAACGGAUCCAACUGUCUUGGAGAAGCUUUGUUCUGCCUUGAACAUAAAUAAACCAAGUGUGGAUAGGGACCUCGAUGUAUAUCGCAACCUUCUUUCCAAGUUGGUCCAGGCAAAGGAGCUGCUAAAGGAGUAUGUGGAUAGAGAGAAGAAGAAAAGGGGAGAAAGGUCAGAUUCGAAGGCAAAUGAAACUAUUAAAAAGUGUUUAGGGGAAGACCAAUAUGCACGUCAGGUCUAACAUAUUGAUCCCCACUCCAUGCACACAAGGUUCUCAUUCAUGCAGUUUUCACCACCAUUUGUUUAUUCACGUCUUUGUUUCCAUCUAGGCCUAAUUUGAGCUUGAAAGUGUACGUGUUAGUUUGAAACAUGGCGAUCCUCUUGUAAAUCAUGUAUGUGUUUCUCUUGUUUCACAUGUAAUUUCCUUUUCUUGCUUUUAUUUUGUUUUAUUUUAUUUUAUUUUAUUUUAUUUUAUUUUUUAGUAUGUAUUUUAGGUGUACCCGAUAACAAUGAGGAAGAUACAUUGAGAUCAAAUCAUUUCUACAAUAUAAGCAAUGUUUCUGAUUUGUCCAUCA